UGCUGUUUCUGCCCUCCUUCCGCAACCUCCUCAAUCUGCAGCAUUCCCACCCAUUCCUGUUGAUGGGCAUCUAGCAUGGCAUCAACAGCAGCCAGGUCAAAUGGUUCCACCACCUGUAAUGACCUCACCUCCAGUCCAGCAGUUCAGGCCAACUCGUUGAAAUAUGCCGCCGCAGCUCACAAGCAGUUCCAGUGCUUCCAAGGCCUCUUCCAUCUCCAACGGUUUUGAGAAUGGCUUUGAUUCAAUCCUAGCAUCAGUUGUAGAUAGCUGGGUAGUCAAUACUGAAUACAAAUCAAAUGGUCCACAUGCCAGCAUCACUAGGGCGGUUUCAUGAGCUUGUAUCAUCCUCCAGGAUUGAUAGGCUAGUUUCCCUUCUACAUUCCAAAAAAUCUCUGUACUCCAUAUUAGCUUCACUGAUGACCAUAGUGGCAGCAUAAAAAAACCCGUUAGAGAAUAUAAUAGGCGUUUCCAUUCCUUCUCUCCAAGAUUUGAUAACCAUUGCAGAAAUGGUGAAGUGGACAAGACAAAUAAAUCUUCCCAAAUUGAUCUUGGAUUUCAGGGCAGAAAUAUGACAGAAACAAGUAGGGAUGUUAUUCAAUUAGAUGACGGUUUCCUUGAUAAAUUCAAGCUUGGCUUUGGCUUUGAUAAUAAAACAUUAAAUCCCUCAGAGGUUGCAGCCAGCAACAACCAAUCUGAAGAAGCAUAGAGGUCAAAUCCCAAUCAACCACAUCCAGAAUAUGGGCCUCUAGAUUUUGAUGCGUACUGCAAGAUGAAGGAAAAAUCUGAUAAGAAUGAGCAGGAAGAAAGUGUUAAAUUCUUCAAGAAGCUGGAGGAAACUGGUUUUCUCCCCAAUGCUGUGGCUAUGCUUGAUGGUCUUUGUAAUGACGGUCUUUUUCAAGAAGCCUUAAAUUUUUUGGGUUUGAUGCGGAAGAAGGUAACCAUUCCUGGGAUUGUCCUAUACACAGCUGUAGUGGAGGGCUACACCUUAGCCCACAAGGCUGAUGAUGCCAAAAGGAUUUUCAGGAAAAUGCAGAGUAGUGGCAUUUCACCCAAUGCUUUCAGUUACACUGUGCUUAUACAAGGACUCUACGAAUGUAGCAGAUUACAGGAUGCUUUUGAAUUUUGUGUGGAGAUGUUAGAAGCAGGUCAUUCUCCAAAUGUGACAACUUUUGUAGGCCUAGUAGAGGGUCUCUGCAAGGAAAAGGGGGUUGAAGAAGCAAAGGGUGCUAUCAGAACAUUAAUAGAAAAGGGUUUUGCAGUAAAUGAGAAAGCUGUUAUGCAGUUUUUGAACAAGAAAGCACCAUUUUCACCCUCUGUUUGGGAGGCCAUCUUUGUGAAGAAAGCCCCGUAGAGACCAUUUUAAAAAUCUUUUAGACUUCGUAAGCUUUUAUUAUAUUUCUUUGGGUGCACAUAUU